UAUACGUCGACCGGAAAUACUCGUGAAUUUCGCCAUACGUCUAGUGGUUAAGAGGAGUCCUCUCAGCACAUGUGAUCCUCGCCUACGAGCUGAGUCGUCGCACAGUAGAGGGUCUGCCUCUCAGAGGCGCUCAUCUUCAUGAAACCAAGCGUCCUUAAUGUCAUCAUCUAGCUCAGAAGUCCCUAUGGCUCAUGACCUCGAAAAGGCGGACGGGGCUAAGUCGCCGUGGGCACAAGUUGACUUGGAACCUAAGCGCAAGCUAACAGGUGUUAAGUGGUUUUUCUUUAACAUUAGUACUCUGACGGCCAUAUUUCUCUACGCUCUCGACAACACGGUUGUGGCCAAUAUUCAACCUUCUAUCGUAGGUCAGUUUGAUGCAGUCGACAAGCUCCCAUGGCUAUCAGUAGGGUUCAUGAUAGGAGGUCUUUCCAUGGUGAUGCCCCUGGGAAAGCUGUAUGCAUUGUACGACGCCAAAAUUCUUUUCAUUUUCUUCGCGAUCAAUUUCAUGGCGGCUUCUGCCCUAUGCGGUGGUGCACCGAAUAUGCCGGCCGAGAUUAUUGGGCGAGUCUGGGCCGGUGCUGGUGGCAAUGGCAUGUAUUAUGGGCUGCUAAAUCUGGUCUCUACGAAUACGCUUGAGCGAGAACGUCCCACCUACCUAAGUCUCACUGGUAUGAUUUGGGGUGUCGGGACCGUCCUAGGCCCUGUCGUUGGAGGCGCUUUUGAGCUGUAUACAUGGCGCUGGGCCUUUUACAUUAACCUCUUGUUCGGAGCGAUUAUUGUCCCAGCCUAUCUCUUCCUUAUUCCGUCCAACAACCCUGCUCCAAGCCUUACCUUGCGAGAAAAGAUUAUUACAUUCGACUGGCUGGGUGCAAUCCUCAGCACUGGAGGGUUCGUGACUUUAAUCGUGGCCACUAACUUUGGUGGCGAUCUGUAUGCCUGGAAUAGCGGCACGAUUAUCGCUCUAUACGUGGUGAGCGGUGUGCUCUGGAUACUUCUGAUGCUCCAGCAGACCUUCACUAUUCUCACUACUGUUGAGCACCGCAUGUUUCCUGUUCACCUGCUACGCAACAGAGAAGCCAUGCUGUUAUGCCUCCUUGCCAGCUGCGGUGGCUCUAUUGCAUAUAUUACAGUGUACUAUAUCCCUCUCUACUAUCAGUUUACCCGCGGAGACUCGGCUAUCAAGACCGCUGAACGGAUUCUGCCUCUUAUUUUCCUACUUAUCUUCGGCAUGCUCUCGAAUGGAUAUUUAAUGUCCAAGUUCGGAUGGUACAAGCCUUGGUAUGUUUGUGGAGCGGCGAUUUCUCUGGUUGGUGCUGUUCUAAUGAAGAUCUAUGGUUACCAGGUUCUCAUUGGCCUUGGUGCUGGCUCAUUCGCACAUGCAAGUUUUGCCGUUAUCCAGACAGCUGUGAACCCAAAAGAUACUGUUUAUGGCGUUACACUGAUUAUGCUUGGCCAGCUUUGCGGUCUUACUAUAGGCCUCUCUGUGACUGGUGCACUGUUUAUUAAUCUAGCCAAGAGCAACCUACAGGCCGUGUUUCCUACUGUGGACAAGUCCACCUUGGCAUCAGUUGUAUCGGGGACUAGUGGUGGAUUUCUAGAGACGCAGAGCGACACAAAAAAGAGUCAGGCAUUAGCUGCCAUCGUCAGCGCUCUGCAAGAUGUUUUCACUGAUGUCUAUGUUGUUGCGGCUCUGGCAUGCAUCCUAAGUGUCUUUUUAAAGUGGAGAAAGGUCUACACAGAGGGUAUCGCUGGUGGGAUGUAA